CCCAGACCCUAUAAAAACCCUAUUGCCCCCAGCCCAAUAGAAAUCCUUCUGCUGUGGCCUCAUCCGAUUGCAGUCCACAGCCAGCUUUCCUGGUCCUGCAAACGCACUUGCAGUCCAUAAAAUCCUGGCGCAUCGUCCAUGGCCCUCCCAGAGCCUAGUCUGCUGUCGUUUUACGAGCCAUGAUCGCCUUUGCUCUCCAUCGCCAUGAGUCCUUCCAAGCCAAAACAAAAGCAACCUCCUGUCUUACCUAAUCACGUCGAAUCGUGCAAUUCCACCGCCACUCUCUUCCUGGGCCGUGUGCGAAGACCGUGGAUGACCUCUCAACAACCUCCUUCUACCGCUGCUGCUGCUCUUCCCGGCGGUCCCAGUGACUGGCAGCAGUCGUCGUCCGCCAAACCUGGUCGCCGUCAAGUUGUGCAAAAGCGGCCACCCCGGUUGGGCACAGUCGAACGGCCUGGCCAUCCCACACUCUCCACCAGCAAGAAUGCAAAUCCCCAGGUACAGCUCUCCAGCGCUCCUGUGGAAGCAGCUUUGAUGUCUCCUGUCACGCCGGGGGAGAAUCUACAGCAUAUCCAGGAGGAUCACGCAGCCUCUGCCUCCCUCCCCCAGGCUGUUUCCGGCCCUCCGCUGACCACACACGCGACAAAUAUUAAUAGCAAUAACGCGUAUCAAUCCACUUCGCUACCUUCGCCGGAUCCCAGCCAUGACUCUCGGACCAGCCCCGCCAGUGCUGUUGGUCGCAAUCUUCCUGCAAAUUCGCCCCCCGGAGCUCAUUCUCCCUCCCCUCGCCCUCAUAUCCUUAUCCCGAUGCAUGUACAGCUGCCAUCUCGAAACCCGUCACCCGUCACGCCAACCGUAACCACCCCGAACUCGAUUCUCGUGCCGGCCGCAUCUGGCGGUGGCGGCGGCAGCGGACCGACCCCCGCGUCACGGCAGCUGGGCGCUGGACUUGGGCUUUCGAGCAUGCGCCAACUCAAUCUACCGCCGACUCCUCGGUCCCCAAUGGCUCCUGUUCAGCCCAAUGGGCAGACAGCCGGCACAACCGGCGCCCUACCGUCUAAGUUGAGCUUUGACGAUCAAUCUUGGGCGAUUUUACUGCGCCAGAUCGAUGCCAUCAUGGAUGCUAAUCGGAGCCAUACGUACUUUCUUUCCUCUGCUGUCGAGUUGCCCCGAUUGCGCCUCCUGCGAGAUGCUUGCCGGACAAAGGAUCUGUUCUAUCUGGUGCUUCAUCAGGUGUAUUGCCUGCAGACUGUUUUCCCUCGGGAGUUCUUCGAGGGUUUGAAAUUCUCUGUAACGCAGAUCUUAGGCCUGGAUGUGAUCAAACAGCUUCUGGUCGACAAUGAACGUGUCUCGGCAGAUUUUUUGAAGUGGUCUGUCCAAUUCCCCGUCGAUAUGUCUAUUGGAAUGAAAUCAGAGCUCUAUGAGACAACAGUGCACCAGAUCAGGCAGUCCUUGCGUCUCAUUGCCGAGGGUUGGGCCUCCUUUGAAACCUGUGUGAGAGAUCGUUUAUACCCACCCUUGCUUGACGAACUCAUAACAAAGUUCAAUGUGACGUCGUCCGUGUUGUCGUCAAUCAUCUUCACCGCACUGUCUCGUCGCAUUUACGGUAACCAACUUGACAAGCAGCUGCAUUCCAUCUUCAUGCGAAACCAAGAAAACUAUCACCGCCGUUUUACGGGGAAUCCCAUUUCCGCAGAUCAGAUGCAGAGAGAAAACCAGGCUCUGAUCGAAGAAUACCGGCUCCUGCAUUUCCAGAAUUUGAGGGAAGCCCCACAGUCAUUCCCCCAGGUGUCGCAGAGUCAACAACCUAGGCACAGGCAGCCUGCCUCCCCAGCAGUGCAGCAUCAGAACUUUCCCAUGUCGCACCCACUCUCCACCCUCAUGGGCCAGGCUGGCCAGCAGGUCUCGUCUCCAAAUGCUGCAGAGAAUGCGAACAUCAAUCGCCGCAUGCAUGUUCCCGUCAUGACUCAGGCCCGUUCACCAUCGUUUCCCACGCGACAUGUCCCAGGAGGUGCUUUUGCUACUUCACCCGCUUCUCUCGUUGCUCCGUUGCAGUCAACUUUGAUGUCCCAGGGCCCUGGACAAGCCCCUACCGCUGUCGACUCACGUCUGAGGCUCAUGAUGUCCCUCCCUCAUUUGCGACAUUUGCGUCAUCCUGUCCCAGGCGCAGCACAGACGACUCCUCCGGGAGCAGCAAGCCCUGGCCCCGCUUUGGUACAUGUUUCUGCACCGCCGGGUGUCUCUGCGCGUGUCUCUCAACCCAGCAGGCCGAACUUGAUGGUCACGGCUCCCCCCUAUGCCCAGGCUCCUGUACAUAGUCCUGGAAUGGCUGCAAGGGCGUCGCCACAGGUGCAUCCACAGAGUCAUGUAGUACCUGGUCCACGCAACUCUCAAGCCAACCCGCACCAGGCUCAUUUCUCCGUUUAUACUCCGCUUCUCCCUCCGCCGAAUGCAGUCCCAACGCACCUGUCGCGUCCCCAUCCGAUUCGGGUUGCUUUGCAUCAGGCUCAUCUUCGAAAUCCACACAGGAAGUGUGUUCGCCAAGGAGCAUUUGGUGAAGAGGAGACCGAGCUUUUCCAGUACCUGAGUUCCUUUGCAGUAAUGCCAAGCCUUCUGGGCCAGGAGGAGUGUGCCUUCCAUUGGACGUUCUCCCUUUCGCGUGAAGAUAUCGAGAGGUUCCCUCGCAGUAUACUAAACGGAGAGGGUCAGCGCGCGACUAGGAUCUUUCGCGAUGGCUGUCUUACCUACCGCUUCCGAUGCAUUAAGGUGCUACCUAAGAAGGAUGUCAGCGAAGAAUUCUGGACUCUGACAGAGGCCGUCUGGCCGAGCGUGAUAUAUGUCCAUGUCAACAGUGUGGAAAUGUAUGUUCGCCGGAAGAUACAUAACGGCAAGGAUAUCCCUCUGGACAUCACGGACAAUCUCCGGGAAGGAGAGAACAAAGUCUCACUGUAUUUCCUUCGUAGCCCUGCCGAGUCUAAGGACCUUAUGUAUGCGGCAGCGGUCGAAGUGAUGAGUAUCGCAGGAUUUGAAAAGGUGAAAGCGAUGGCACGUACCUUGCCGGCAGCAGAGUCUCUCAAACAGAUCCAAGGACGCCUUCAACCCAGGAGCGAGGACGAUGAUGACGAUGUAGCUGUCAUCAGCGAGGAUAUGACCAUCAACAUUGUCGAUCCCUUUAUGGCGCGGGUUUUCAACAUACCUGCUCGCAGCCGUCUCUGUACCCACUUCGAAUGCUUCGACCUGGACACCUUUAUCGCGACCAAAGCCUCAAAGUCCGGAAAAAGCCACAUGAAAGAACAUUGGAGAUGUCCGAUCUGCGGCGGAGAUGCUCGUCCUCACAUGUUGAUUAUCGACGGUUUCCUCGCCGAGGUGCACGCUGAACUCGAACGUACCAACAGACUGGAAGGGGCCAAGGCCAUUCUCGUCAACACGAAUGGAUCCUGGGAGCUCAAGACAGACGAGGAGACUCAGUCCACUCGAGGACGCGAAGAGCAGACAGCAGUGAGCCCCAGCACAAUCCCAGCCAAACGAAAAUCAGUGGUUGUCGAUUUCCCUACGGGCGAGAAGAACAAGAAGCUUAAGGUGGAAGAGAGAGAGAGUCCUCACUGUUUGAUAUCGCAAGUCCCUUCUCACCAGGCCAAUUCACCCGUUGUCAUUGAAUUGGACUGAUUGUGGAAACAGUGGGGCCUGUUCCGUGAAUGGGGCAAGUCAUGUCUAUCUUGACUUCUGUUCCCAACAGUUCUUUUUCCAGGCUGUCCUUGAGUGAGAGGAUCUUUGCAAUUUGCAUUCUUUGGAGCUGGGUAGCUUUCUUUCUUUGUUUCUUUUGUAAUUGAUUAACAUGGGCGUACAAGAGAAGAUACCCAGGUUUGCGUGGCUUUCUCUAUUUCAGUGGAUUAACAUACAUAAUAUUCUUUCUACUGUAUUGUCUUCUCAGGAAUGCAUAUGGGAUGUAUUUAUUAUGCUAUUCGCAGUGCUAUCUAGAUCGUAUCUAGGCAUCGCGGUAAUAAUAGCCAUCUUUCCUCCGCAUUAUUUUCUCUAUUAAACGCUAGGUACCUAGUUAAUGCUGCUUCUCCACAUCGCUCGGUUUGGGCAGAUCCGAAUAAUGAUGAUCUGGCUGGACCUUCC